AUGGCCCCCAAGAGAAAAAGAGAAGCUGCCGCCAAUGGCGAUGUCGCCGAAAAAUCCAAUGCGGCCAAGAAAGUCAAAGCCCCCCCGGCCAAAGCCGCUGCUCCCCCCAAGUCGACCGCUUUCAAGCUGAACGGCGAUGCCCCCGUCCACAUCCAACUCAUCGCCGGCUCCUACGACCGCAUUCUCCACGGUAUCACCGUCACCAUCAAAACAACCGAAGUCACCUCUGAACCCCCAGCAGAGGCCGAAUCCACCGACAAGAAGAAGAAGUCCAAAAAGUCGAUAACCACCACCCCCAUCACAACAACCGAGCAAUCCGCCUCCUUCGCCGACACCUUCCUCUUCAACGCCCACAACUCCGCCAUCCGCUGCCUCGCCAUCUCCCCCCCCUCCGCCCCAGCCCCUAAACAAACCCAAAAGGUCCUCCUCGCAACCGGCUCAACAGACGAGCGCAUCAACAUCUACAACCUCUCCGCCCACCCCCCCUCCUCCCGCUCCAUCUCCGACCCAGACACCCAGCUCCUCUCCUCUCUCGCCCCCCGCCCCAUCCUCGAAAACAACAAGAACCGCGAGCUCGGCACUCUGCUGCAUCACACAGGCAACAUAACCCGCCUCUGCUUCCCCAACCGCUCCAAGCUCCUCUCCGCAGCAGAGGACUCCACCAUCGGCGUGACCCGCACCCGCGACUGGGCCCUCCUCCACAACUUCAAAUGCCCCAUCCCCAAGGUUUUUGGUCGCCCAUCAGGUGACACCGCCGGUGUGGGCGGGACCCCCCAGGGCGUCAACGACUUUGCGGUUCACCCCUCCAACAAGAUCAUGAUUUCGGUCUCCAAGGGAGAGAAAUGCAUGCGUCUUUGGAACUUGGAGACGGGAAAGAAGUCGAGGGUGUUGAAUUUUGAACGGACGAUGCUGAAUGAAGCGGGGGAGGGGAAGCACUCGACUGGUGAAGCGAGACGAAUCAUCUGGGGCAGCAGCAGCAGCAAGGGAGGGGAGGAUGAGUUUGCGCUCGCGUUUAAUAGGGAUGUGGUUGUGUUUGGGAUGGACUGCAGGCCGAGGUGCAAGGUGAUGGGGGGGAUCAACAGGACAAAGGUUCACGUGAUCAAGUACGUCCGGCUUGGGGAUGAGGAGGAGGAUGGUGCUUUGUUGGCGGUUUCGACCGAGGAUGGGAGGGUGCUGUUUUUUGAUACGGCGGAAGAAAACUGUCAGCCUGCGACUGAGGGGAAGACGCUUGCCACGGCGAGGCUUGUCGGUCAGCUAGGCGGGAAGGAGGCCGGUGUGACGGGCAGAGUGAAGGAUUUUGUGGUUUUGCCUGUGGAAGACGAAAAGGGGGUUAGGUCGUGGUUUGUGGCUACGGCGGGGAGUGAUGGGCUGGUUCGUGUUUGGAGGUUGGGCAGCGGUGAGCUCACGGUUGAGGAGAAGAAGGAGGAGUCGACAAGACAAGUAGGGAAGCUGCUGGGCGCGUAUGGGACGCAAAACAGGAUUACGUGCUUGGGGGGCUUCGUCAUGAUACCCAGGUCCGACGGGGCCGAGGAGAGCGAGUACGAGUUUGACGAGGAGGAUGACGAUGACGAGGAGGAUAGCUAUGAUGAGUAG